CCCUCGUGCACGAUGCGCGCCGCUUGGAGUGCACCGGCGGCGCGUUCACGAAAUCAGAGAGGGCGCGCCCGUAGACGUUGCUUCUCAGGCUUCAAGAUGGCGGAAGCCCUGACAACUCAAGAGGAGGUGGUGGUGGAGGAGUUCCUGGCCGAGCUGAGGUGUCUGGAACAGUCUCAGAAUGCAGAUCUUGUCAGUCAGAUAACAGCAGUUAAGUUCCUUAUGGCACGCAAGUUUGAUGUCUCCAGAGCCAUAGACCUCUUUCAGGCUUACAAGAACACCAGAAUAAAGGAGGGCAUCUACAAUAUUAACCCAAACGAGGAGCCUUUAAGGAGCGAGUUACUGAGAGGGAAAUUCACAGUUCUGCCCGGUCGUGAUGCGAAAGGUGCGGCUUUGGCACUUUUUACGGCAUGUCUCCAUCGGCCGGACCUCACUACCCAUAAGGCUGUUCUUCAGGCCAUUAUAUAUCAGCUGGACAAGGCCAUCGAAAGUGUUCAGACACAGAGAGACGGGCUCAUUUUCAUCUAUGAUAUGACAAACUCUACAUAUGCCAACUUUGACUAUGAGCUUUGCGUCAAGAUUUUGAAUUUGCUUAAAGGGGCUUUCCCUGCUCGGUUGAAAUGUGUCUUUAUUGUUUCGUCUCCGCUGUGGUUCAGAGCACCCUUUGCGGUACUGCGUCUGUUUGUGAGAGAAAAACUAAGAGAGAGGGUGUGCACUGUAAAAGCUCAUGAACUGGUCAAUCACAUCCCGAUCAGCUCCCUUCCAGAACACUUGGGUGGCACAUCACAGUAUAGUCACAUUGCCUGGAUCCAGUCCUGCGUCAACUCCAGCUCCAACAACCCCAAUAACUCUUCCAACGUCAAUGCCGAUUGCUUGGGCAGCUUGCUUCGCUCCUACUCCAUGGAACACAGCCAGAACGCUGAGCCUUUAACUGCCAACCCUACAGCCCACACAGGGGCCACACUCCUGGGGGAUGGACUGAACUCCAACUUGCCCAUAAUGGAUGAUGGCAAUGCCAACGUACAGAAUAGCAGGACAACGGGGCACGAACAUUGGAAUGGCUCUAUACUGCCAAUUUCAGGGGGCGUCACAGGGUCAAAUGCCAAUGUUGUCAAUGGGCGUGGCCGUCAGCCACCUCCACAGUCAGACACACCCCCAGAUACGCCCCUGCAUCAAAAACACGCAGCUGGUGCCAUAGGAACACUAGGAGCAGCAGCUAUGGGUACGCAAGAAGCCGUGACAUCACCAAUCGACAGUAGGCAGGAUGGAAAUGGUGCUGAGGACAGCCAACAGGAUGUAGAGUUUCUAGAAGAGGAUGGUGUUCCACCACUCCCGCAAAAGUCAAGGCCACCGCCCCUCCAUCACAGCCCUGCAUCAGAUAUGAGCUGGUUACCGGGGACAGCAGAAACGGCGGUGUUGUCAGUGCAUGUAGCCGAGCCAGGAGGAAUGAGCGUGCAGGAUCUGGUGCAGCAUGUCAAAUGCAAAAAGAAGAAAGGCAUUUACCAGGAGUAUGAGGAGAUCCGCAAGGAGCCUCCUGCUGGGACAUUUGACUAUUCCAAGAAACCCUCCAACCAGAUAAAGAAUCGCUACAGUGAUGUCCUUUGCCUAGACCAGUCACGGGUUCGACUCUGUCCGCUUAAUGAUGAGGAUGAUGAGACGUCUGACUACAUCAAUGCAAGUUUCAUGGACGGCUACAAGAGAAGUAAUGCUUACAUCGCUACUCAGGGGCCUUUGCCAAAAACGUUUGGAGACUUUUGGCGAAUGGUGUGGGAGCAAAUGGUUGUAAUCAUCGUUAUGACUACAAGAGUUGUAGAGCGGGGCCGUGUGAAAUGCGGACAGUACUGGCCUUUAGAAACUGGCCGCACAGAGGAAUAUGAGUACUUUUUGGUGAGAAAUGUCCAUAUUGAGAUGUUUCAAGAUUUUAGGCUAUCACACCUGGAGCUCUUCAACACUCAGACAGGAGAAUGUAGAGAAGUGUCUCAUUAUCUCUAUGUGAGCUGGCCAGAUUUUGGUGUUCCGAAGUCAGCGUCAGCCAUGUUGGAUUUCCGUGCACAUGUGAAGCAGAGACAAGAGUGUAUGUUACAAACACUGUAUCCUGAUUGGACAGGACCGCCUGGGGGUCCCCCAGUGGUGGUACACUGCAGUGCAGGCAUCGGUCGAACAGGCACAUUCUGUACUUUGGACAUUUGUCUUUCUCGUCUGGAAGACAUUAGGACAUUGGACAUUAAACAGACGGUGCGUCGGAUGCGGACACAGCGUGCCUUCAGCAUCCAGACAUGGGACCAGUACUACUUUUGCUUCAAAGCAGUGAUCGAGUACGCCCAACAGAGUGGACUACUGCAGCCCGUGGAGUGGUCCGACACAGAGCUGGAAACCGACAGCGAGUGAAUAAGAGGAACAGGUCUCGGGACGAGAGGGCAGAGAGACAUGGAAGGAAGUCGUCUUUUUCCCUCUCCUGGCCACAGGUAGACUCCAUCACAUCCUCUCUCAUUGUUUUCUGGUGAGGAAGAUGAAGAGAUAAAAAAGGAGGAGCGGGAUCUUUUGUCCUGCCACUUUUCAAACCGUUCUUUUGCCUCUAAUCCAGAGAUUAGAGACUGUGGCUUGGUGUACGAGUUGUAGCAUUUUUUUUUUUAUAAGUACUGACUUGCACAUGUGGAAUGACAAACUUGAAAAAUCCAAUUUAUCGUAUUAUCUCAUUUUUUUACCUUCUCAAAGUGUUCGCUCAACAUGGGGUUAAAUUCAGACUUUUUUAAGGUGUAAAAACUUAAAACUUGAAUUCUUUUUCGUCACAUUGGCAUAGCAUAUUAUGUGUGUUUAAACAGGUUCCAACAGUUUUCUUUCCCAUUAUUUGUCAUGUGUGUACUUCAUUGUUAAACUAACCUUCAAGCCAAAGGUAUGGUGUUGAAUGCUUGGAUGUAUCCGUAAUAAUCGUCGUGACUUAAACCCAUGUAUAUCUUGUAACAUACAUUUAUAUAUUGUUCAUAACAGCCUUUGAAAAGCCUUGUUUUAAUAUAAAUACUUUUAACUUUCUUCAAAUUAUGUGUAUCUAUAUAUAAAUAUAUAUAUAUAUAAAGAAUUAUGUUGGGGUAAAACAAAAUGAAAUGAGGAGAAAAACUAUGCUAUAUGUAGUUAAUCUCAGUGACUGUUCUGGUCUUGCUGUUUUUAUUUGCAUCUGUUCUCUAACCGUAGUCCGUGAUCAUCCAUCAAUUAGCCUUAAAGCAGGGCUUCUUUUCACAAAGAAUCUCUGACAACAACAGACAACAAUCCCAGUGCUCUACUAAACAGUGGUGUGAAUAGAAAGUAUCAAUCUGGUUUUGAGUUUGAUGGUAACCUUUUGAGAUUCUUUAUGAAUGCUGCCCCGUAACCUUGAAUCACUGCCAUGCUCCCUGGUCUGUUUCAUAUUCUUUUGUUUGUAAAUGUCUUUCUACUACGGGCUUGCCCCAAGUAUUUAGACCUGCGUGGACACCGAUUCUAUGCUCACGUUUACCCAAGUUACAAACACCAAAGUGUUCCAUACCGACGCAAAUAUCUUGUGUUUCAGUAAUUGUUACUUUAAAAAAAAAUUAUAUAUGUGUAUAUGUGACUUGGGGUCUUCAGCUGUGCAGUGUGUGGACUCCUGGGGUCUAAAAGCCUCGGUUUUGUGCCUUCAAGCUUACUGUAGCCUAAUGUGUUUCAGGCAAGGAGUGGAACAGCUGGUCUUGCGUACAAAUAGGGAUUCGUUUUUAAUCUCAGGGUAUUGUCUUGGUGUCUCAAAACCUCUGCAUCUGCCUCUGGUAAUGAUCAUUUCCAAAAAAAAACUAAAGACAAUAAAAAGUAUACAAACUUUAUUUUGACUUUUAUACAGCAUCCUGUAUUAUAUUCUGUUUUUAUUUAUGUCAUUGUAAAUCUUCAGCAGUAUUGAAAUUUGAAUGUUGGUACGAAAAAAAUGAACAGACAUACUAUUUUAAACUGAUAAGCUAAAGAAAUCAAACAACGAAACAAAAAAGACUGAUCAGCUUUUUCCAUUUGUUCAGUGUGGAAUUAUGUUACUCAAUAUUGUUUUUUGGGAGAUAAAGUCUGUUUCCAGAUGCCUGUAGCAGCCCCUUUUGGAUGCUGUGUGGACUAAAAGGACUGUUUAGGAGAUUAAACGCAGCCAAAAGACUGAAACGGACACAUGACUGACCAUCACGGCUGCCAAAAACAGUUUUUUAACUUUUUGCCAAUCAACAGAAAAAAAAGGAUGUACACAAAACCAAAAAAGAAAUGUAUAUUAACUUGAAUGUUACGAUUAGAUUAAAUGAACUCAAGUCUUGGGAGACCUUUGGAAUGCUUUCUCCUUAUAUGUCAAUGCUUGUAUGAUGACAGAUGGUCGUGAAUGUGUGAAAGUGUCCACUCACUUAAUGUUUACUUGUUGACUGACUUUAUCAAAUGCAGGAUAGGCCUCAUACUUGACUGUUUUAUGCAGCUGAUUCCUGCUUGAAUGAGACUAAGUGGAAGACGGAUACUUCCGCUGAUUUAUUAAAGGCAGUCGGGAAUGCAAUGUGAGUGUUUUUACUUGUUUUCUUUUCUUUUGGUGCCCAGAAGUUCUUGUGAUUGAGUAAUGGCCUUUUUACCUGACAUCUGCAAUAGUGUCAUAGUAAACGUAUUCUGAAACUGA